GGACGCACUUUCCUUCUCCUGACGCCAAGAUCGGUCCUUGGAGGACCCAGCCAAGAUCGAGAAAGAGAUUCCCUGCCGGUGCUGAUUAAUUGGUUGAAGCAGGGAAACUCGGCGGGGCGAUUUCGUCCGAGAAGAUGUCCCGGGGCUACGGGGAGAUGGGGCAGAAGGUCGACUACGUCUUCAAGGUGGUGCUCAUCGGCGACUCCGCCGUCGGCAAGUCGCAGCUGCUCGCGCGGUUCGCGCGCAACGAGUUCAGCCUCGACUCCAAGGCCACCAUCGGCGUCGAGUUCCAGACCAAGACCCUGCACAUCGACAACCGGACCGUCAAGGCGCAGAUCUGGGACACCGCCGGACAAGAAAGGUACCGAGCAGUAACAAGUGCGUACUACAGAGGUGCAGUAGGAGCUAUGCUAGUAUAUGACAUGACCAAGCGUCAGUCCUUCGAUCAUAUGGCAAGGUGGCUCGAGGAAUUGCGAAGCCAUGCUGACAAGAACAUCGUUAUCAUGCUAAUUGGGAACAAAUCAGAUCUUGGUACACUCCGGGCUGUCCCGACCGAGGAUGCUAAGGAGUUUGCUGAACACGAGAGCCUCUUCUUCAUGGAGACCUCCGCACUUGAGGCCACCAAUGUCGAAAACGCUUUCACGACUGCUCUCACAGAGAUAUACCGCACCGUCAGCAAGAAAAACCUUGUUGCAAACGACGAGUCUAAUUCUAGUGGAAACGCGGGUUUGCUGAAAGGAACAAAAGUUAUCAUCCCUGGUCAGGAGGCUGCCCCUGCAGCCAAGGCCGCAUGUUGUAUGUCCUCGUAGACAUAGCAUCAUAUAUACUCUGGUGUUUCUGGCAAUUAAAUGUGUCCAUGUAGUCCCACUGUAUCUACACAUUGAAUAGCUGGGAUUCUUGGGAGGAGGGACGAAAGGUCCAUAUCAAUAGUUAACUCACAUACAUUGUAAUUUUCUUGAUGACUACUUUUUAAUCUAAUUAUAUGGCGGUGUGUAGUCAUUAA